AAUUUUGGCCAAACUGGAUGGAUGGAAUAAAUGAAUCAUUUAGAAAAGACAUUUUGAAUAUUGGAAAAUACUACGACGAAACAACAAGUGUUGUCAGUGACCAGCUUUACACUUGGUUAUCAAAAGCAAAUAGUGUAGAUGAUCAAGUUAAUGCUUGGGAUCGUUGGAUUAAAAUUUGGUGUCGGUUCACGGUGGAAAAUUUUCUUGAAAGUACUAUCGAUGUAAUUAAAGCUAAAGUUUCUAUUCAAGAGCAGGAAGACUUGGAUUUAAUCAAGCUUGAAAGUCUUUUGCCAUGGUCUAGCGACGCCGUUCAAGGCUUUUCUGUAGUUUAAUAUG